AACACAACUCGCCUAAUUUGAGAAAGACGUAGGAGUUAUUCCGCGCAUAUACACACCUUUGUCAGAUCGGUUUCAAGUUGCUCCGAAAAAGUGCUCUCGUCCCUUUGUUAUCAAGAUUUGCUGGCAUACAUCAUCAAUCAUCUUGCUUUGUGUGCCGACUGAACAACAACGACAAUAACGCUGGCAAAGAAUGUCUGCUUGAGCACCGCAAACGAACGAUUCACAUCUCGUCUUUAUCACCAAGAUGACAUCCAUACAACCUCAACAACAAACACAACUACCUCACUCACCAACAAAGAUGUCCCCUCCCGAUUUGAUGACCGCUCAAACGCCCGUGCUUACUUCACCCGGAUCGCCAACUAUCAAUAUGAGACCAUCUACACUUGGAAGGAGUGAUAGCAAAAAGCGUGAUCGUCGUCUUUCACGUAAUUCUCGUCCUCCGCAUUCAGCUGAUGGAAGUGAGAAACCGUUUCACACGAUGAAUGUAUACGAUCAAAAUGCUCAAGCUGGCCCUUCUAAUCCUCAUCACUCUUUGCAUACACAGCAACGUAAAGAAUUACAACACAGCCAUUCUUUACGCGGUGACCGCGCUCAGAACCAAAGACAUUCGCACGUUGGAUAUGUCAAUCUUAACAACGAAACCACCAGGACCGAACAGUCUCCGAAACGAUUGCCUUCUUCCCAUCAAAGUCCCAAUCGAUCGUCAUUCCUUGCUUUGCCUCUGUUCAAUGCUGAAGGAGAACGAGCACGGGUUGCAUCUUCACCAAUGACGCCUUCUUUGCAAGAAUCCAAUUCAAACACAUUCUUAAGCUCAUCAACAGAUGCAAAUAGGAUUAAUCGAUCCAGAUCUAUGCGCGAAACAACUUCAAACCAGACGACAGAAGGAGGUUGGCAAUUACCUUCUCACCAUGCAAACACAACUUCGCCAACGACGUAUUCCAAAGCACGGCGACAUAUAUCACCUUCGGCAUCGAUGUCUUUGAUUUCUGAUGGACAUGCAUUCCCUUCAGGACCUUUUGAUGAUCAUGCAUCUCAAGAAUACCUCAACGAAGAUGAUAUGACAAUUUGGGCCAGAAGUGCAAGGAGAUGGUCAAGUUCUUUACCUAGAGGACGUAAUUCUGCCGCUUUCGCAUUCCGAUUGGCCGAAGGUGCCUCACCUUACCUACGAGCAGGAUUGGAAGAGCUUCGUAGCAUUUUUGACGUGGACAGUAAUCCGAUCCCCUCUUCCCCUUUCAUUGACGAGGAGGAUGACGAUGAUUAUGUCCAAUCUGGUUACAGUAGUCUUGCGCCGUUGGAGGAAAGCGAUGCAGAUCGUGCAAGUUGUCUGACUUUGAGUCGAGAGCCUAGCGAUGAAUCACGAGAAGGUAACAGAAAGAUGACUGCUUCACCUGCUGCAAUCUCUUCUCGCGAACAAUCGCCAUCCAGAGGAAGUAUCGUACUCCAAAGAACGCCAUCGAAUGAAAAGAAUGAAGAGAAGAGCCGCUUGCAGGCCGCUGACAAGGAUCAAGGCAAGUUCAACGCAAGCGAUUCGAGCCUCUCUGUCAAAGAGCAUCCACCAAGCAAGACACAAGAGCAGUACAGAAAGAUUUUGAUGCCUUUCAAACGACCUUUAGAAUUCCAUACUCGCAAUGAAUCGUCUUUUGGUUUUGGCUUCCAUUCCUAUUCCGACGGUCGUCAGAAUGCUGUAAACAAGACAUUUUUAGCCUGGAGUUUGAGCGUGGUUGCGAUUGGAAUUAUCGGAUUGUGUGCUUGGGGUUAUGCAACGGAAUCUGAUGCAUUUUCCAUCACUUUGAUCGGAUUCUUUCUGACGCAACCUGCUUUUGCUUUGGCUGCUUUGACCGCUUUGAUGUUUCGAAGGCGAGCAUGGAUGGAUCUCUUUUCCAGAGCGAUGCGUGCACAUGUUCUUGCACAAGCUUUGAUCGUCUUACUUGCUUAUUUGGACCUCUCGGCUUCCUCUCUUUAUUCUCAUGGAUCUGGCAAAGAUGGUGAUAGCUCCGAACAACAAAAUCGAUUCCGAAUGGUUCCAACCAUGGAAAUGCGCUUCGGCCCUUUCAAUCGAGCAACAGAAGCUGGCGAUGGGCCGGGCGUGCAUUUUGCACAUCACAAAGAAUCCGCUGGUCUUGCAGGGAUGAGCAACAGCAGCAUCCAUGCACACGAUUCUUCUGUUGGUGAUUGGCGUAGCAGAUUGACGUAUUUUGUGGUAUUCGUUGUACAAGCAGCUGGUCCGAUAAUCAUGGUCCUUGUCGGUCAGUAUAUCAUCGCUCAACGAUUGGCAAUCUUGGCACGUCAGGGUACUCUGAGCCGACAAAGUUCCGUUCGUCAACAUUCUGAUUUGAACGAAUGCGUUUCUUCAAGUCAAAUCGAAACGAAAAAUCCAUCUUCCGACGGAGGUAGAAGUAACACUGCUCCAGCUGUGAUCUUGACCGGUGCCGCAUCUCCUAAUCAUAACGGUCCGACUUUAAUGGCAGACAAGACACGCCAAAAGCCUGUUCAACGAAGCAAACUUAGCAUUCAUUCACCUUCAUCGCCACCAACGUCAAAUCGAUCAAACGAAUAUUCUUUACCGUCAACGUUACAAUUACCAAUCGAUGGCGCUUAUACCGGUACCCAUCCUCGUCAUCGACGCGAACAAAGACGGAAAAGGCUUGCGACUGCGCCAAAUAUCAUUGUUGGAACAGGAGAUGAAGAUAUCUUUCAAGGCGAAGAUGAACUCAAGCAACCUCAUUCGGCCACUGAAGCGCCGGAACUAUAUGCGAAUGCAAGUUCAACUUUUGCCCCGACCAAUUCCUUAAGGUUGAGUUCAUUACAAGAAUCAUUAGCAGGUGAGAAGGCAUAUCCGACUCAAUUGCAGGGCUCUCCUGUGAUCAAUGGGGAAAAGAAGAGAAUGUCAAAGAACACAAUGCAUCGUCAUCGCAGAUCAGCCUCUCAACCAAUCAAUUAUUCUAGCGGUCAAGGAAUUAUUUCAUCGCCUUCAAAGAACAUCAGCAAAGGAUUAGGAAUGAUGUUUGAAGAAGUCAAUCAAACAGAUUAUUCAAAUCUCAAUAAUGAAUGAAGAAACAACAGCACAGCCUAAUGGUAGACUUCAAUAAACAUUCUUUCUCGCGAUUGCAUCUGGGUAUGCUUUUCAAUGCACAAACGAACACACACGAGCACACGAACACACGAUUUGAAAAAAACGCAUUUGUAUAACGAACGAUUCUCUUGCAUGCUUUUUUGCUCUUCUCUUUUCUUCAACAUUUUGUAUAUCUAUUGCUCUCUAUCUCUUUUCUUCUUAUCGUCAUGUAUUCUAUAGCGUGCGCCGGCGCAAUACAAGAUAUUUAUCAAAGAGAGGC